CACACCACGCAGGACUGAAAAUGGUUAGUCUAAGGGGAUUCAUGACAGGCCUUCCAUCUCAGAUUUCAGACACCAUGAUGAACAGAAUGGCCCCAGGGAAUCCCCAGCCAGACCCUUUCAUCAAUAGGAAAGAUCCCAACAUGAAGGUGAUACAACCGCAGGAUCCAGCUAGUCCCACAAUAUGGAGAAGGCAUCAAGAACGUACUUCAUUCUCCCACCAACAGUAUGAAGAGCUAGAAGCUCUGUUUAGCCAGACCAUGUUCCCAGAUAGAAAUCUUCAGGAGAAACUAGCUUUGAAACUCAACCUGCCGGAGUCAACAGUAAAGGUUUGGUUUAGGAACCGGCGAUUCAAAUUGAAGAAGCAGCAGAAGCAGCAGCAGCAGCAGCAGCAGCAGCAGCAAUCAGCAAAGCAACGAAACCAGAUCCCUUCAUCCAAGAAGAACAUGCCCACCUCCCCCAGAACAUCCCUCAAUCCUUAUGCUUUUUCUCCUGUGGUCUCAGAUUUCUACAGCUCCCUUCCACCUCAGCCCUUAGACCCUUCCAAUCGGGCAUGGAACUCUACCUUCACUGAGAGUUCCACAAGUGACUUCCAAAUGCAAGAUACUCAGUGGGAGAGGCUGGUGGCCUCAGUUCCUGCUUUGUACUCUGAUGCCUAUGACAUAUUCCAAAUCAUAGAACUGUACAAUCUUCCUGAUGAGAAUGGGAUAUCCAGCUCUUCUUUCCACUGUCUGUAUCAGUAUCUCUCACCCACAGAGUACCAGGUAGGAGGACAGGGUUCCUCUCUCAGCACCUUUGCUGGUCCAGCUGUAGGCCUAUCUUCCGCACAAACCUGGCCCAGUAUGACAAGCCAAGGCUGUGAAGCCUACAGUCUAACAGAUAGCCUGGAAUUCCAGAAAACCUCCAAUAUGGUAGACUUGGGACUAGAGUACUAAUAAAUAUGGACCAUU